AUGGGAAUUAAGUUGGCUAAGCUGCUUCAGAUUAGGGAGUUGUCUGGUAAUGUAAUCGUUUCCAGCAGAGGGAAGCUUAACUUUCAGGAGCAAUACCGGAAGAUACAAACAUCACAGCCUCUGAUUUUGAAGUAUCAAGGCACUGAAAGGAUUGGCGAUGGUGCUGUGGAACAAAUACAUGUUGAUAUACAGACACCAAAUGGCGCAAUCGGAGCAGAUAUUUUGUUAACAGGCGGUUUAAAUGGCUCCUUCUGCUCUAUCCUCAUUGCACCAUUUCAGAACUAUUAG